AUGUUCAAAGUGGUGUUUUCCCUACUUGCUCUGGCUGCCGCUCUAGCGCUGGCUGCUCCUGCCGCUGAUGAUGCUUCGGCCAACAUUCUAACGCACGAAUCUCGCCUUGAACCGGACGGCGCCUACUCAUACAAAUACUCCACCAGCAAUGGUAUUCAGGCAGAGGAAAGUGGCAUCGGAGGACAGUCGGUGCAAGGAUCCGCCUCAUGGGUCGGUGAUGAUGGUGUACCGAUUGUGCUGACCUACACCGCCGACGAGAAUGGAUUCCAUCCCCAAGGUGUCCAUCUGCCGACGCCACCACCCAUUCCGGACUAUAUCCUGCGGGCGCUACGAUACAUCGAGGCGAAACAGGCAAGCCAGAACGGUGGCAAGUAA